AUGCGCUAUCAUUUCGCCUUGGCUCUUUUGGGCCUGUUUAUUUCCCCUAUUCACGCUGCCCCCUCCGUCGUUCUCGAACAAGUCAAGGGGAUACCUCCAGGCUGGAGCUUACAUCACGAGGCCGAUCCUUCAGACAAGAUCACACUCUUCGUUGCUCUUAAGGAACCAGGGAUUGAGAAGCUCAAGGAGAAGCUUCACGAGCGUCAGAACCCAGAUCACCCCUCUUUCAGGCAGCAUCUGAGCCGUGAUGAAGUUCAGCAGUACCGCCAACCGGCCCGUAGAUCUCUCAGUGCCGUAUCGACCUGGCUACGGUCAGGCGGUAUCCGAAACGUCCACUACCAGGGAGGACUAAUCAGCUUUGAGGCUACGGUCAAGACGGUCAAAUCACUGCUGCAAGCCGAUUUGGCCUACUACGCAUACAACGGGACCAACGCCGAUCCCGUUCUGCGAGCCCUUUCUUAUACCAUCCCUUCCUGGCUCCAUGACCACAUUGCGUUUGUGCAUCCGAUUUCCAACUUCAUGCCUCCGCGGUCCAGCCGUGGUCAUCGAGGAGACAGUCAUAAGACAAGACGUCCAAGGCCAAAACCAAAGCCGACAAAGACGCAAACUAUAUGGACAUUAACGCCAACUUCAAAGGUGGUCAGCCCUCCAACUCCAACCUACAUCUCAGACGAGGGGUACCAAGAAGAAGAGGAGUUCCCUCUCGGCUAUCCCUGCCUUCCCGCCACAGUGCCAAAGUGCAUCAAACAGCUUUACAACAUCACCUACACCCCCAGCGGUCCCUCUCCCGUUCGCUUCGGUGUUGCUGGAUUUCUGGAACAGUGGAUUCUCUACUCCGAUGUGGACAAAUUCCUCGAUGUCUUUUCCCCGCACCUGCCAUCGACAUAUAACUUUACCGUUGAGCUGAUCAACAACGCCACAAACCCCCAAGAUUCCCCCCUGAAUGCCGGCAUUGAGGCCUCAUUGGAUGUUGAAUAUGCCAUGUCCCUUGGCCACCCGACAAACGUGGUAUACUACAUCACAGGCGGGCGCGGCGUGAAGCUGAACCCUCUAACGGGCGAGGCGCGCGACGUAUCGGACAAUGAGCCAUUCCUCGAGUUCCUGGAUGCGAUGCUCGCCAAGCCCGACUCGGAGCUGCCCCACGUGUUAAGCAUCUCGUAUGCGGAUGAUGAGCCCAGCGUGCCGCGGCCGUAUGCUAUUCGCGUGUGCGACAUGUUCGCUGCACUCGCUGCUCGCGGCGUAUCAGUACUGGUCGCGACAGGUGAUGCUGGGGCCGCUGGAACAGGUCACUCUCAGUGCGUGGUUGGAGCUGGUGGGUCCACCAGCCACGUGCACAGCCACAGCUACAAGAACAGCAGCCACCCAAGUGGCCAGCGGAAGACAUUCAUUUCGACGUUUCCUGGCAGCUGUCCUUACGUAACAGCUGUUGGAGCAACGAGCAACGUGGCGCCGCCCGUCAUGGGCGCAGACUUCAGCGCCGGCGGGUUCAGCGAGUACUUCUCUCGGCCCAAGUGGCAAGAUGACGUGGUACUGCCGUACAUUGAGCAUGUCCUCAAAACACUGACUAGGGCUACAAACACCACAGCGGGCCGGAAACUGAGUGCUGCUGGCAUGUUUAAUCGCACGGGCCGGGCAACGCCUGAUAUCAGCGCCAUCGGAUCUGCAUUUCAGAUCGUUAUGGGUGGGGAACAUGCCCAGGUGCUUGGGACGAGUGCCAGCACGCCUGUCGUGGCGGCUAUGAUCGCUCUGAUCAAUGAUGCCCGCAUGAGAGCUGGAAAGCCAAGUCUGGGCUGGCUGAAUCCGUUGUUGUACUCAGCCAAGGUAAGGAAGGUGUUGAAAGAUGUUACCGAGGGUGACAGCAGGGGCUGUCACUUCCCUGAUGGCACAGAGUCGGUUGGGUGGCCGUCUGCUGAGGGAUACGACUGCGUCACCGGCCUUGGCGUUGUUGAUGACUUCAAUGACUUUAUGUCUGUCUUGUUAUAG